CUGCUGCUGCUGCUGCUGCAAGCGAGCGAAGAGCCCUCCCGGCCGCCAUAUUGGUGCCCGCGCCGCAGCUAUUGCGUGUUUGUCCCUGCAGCGCCAGCGGAGCCUGCCCUGGGGCGGCCCAGCGGAGCAAGGGAGGUGUCCCCUUCCCUUACCCGACUGCCCGCCCGCCCGCCCGCCGCCGCCGCCAUGGCGACAAGGCCUGAAGGCCUCUGAAGGAAACCGGCCGCCGCCACAGCAGGGAGCAGAGCCGUCCCCCCUCCCGCUCAGCUCGUCGCCAGCCUCUUUCCUCCGCCACAACAUGGAGGCCGUGAAAGCCUUCAACAGCGAGCUCUACUCGCUGAAUGACUACAAACCUCCUAUUUCAAAGGCUAAAAUGACACAGAUUACUAAGGCAGCAAUCAAGGCUAUAAAGUUCUACAAGCAUGUUGUACAAAGUGUUGAAAAAUUCAUACAAAAGUGUAAACCAGAAUACAAGGUGCCUGGCUUAUAUGUCAUUGACUCUAUUGUUCGACAGUCUCGACAUCAAUUUGGGCAAGAAAAGGAUGUGUUCGCUCCUAGGUUUAGCAAUAACAUAAUUAACACUUUCCAGAAUUUAUACCGUUGCCCUGGGGAUGACAAGAGUAAAAUUGUGAGAGUGCUAAAUUUGUGGCAGAAGAAUAAUGUGUUCAAAAGUGAAAUUAUCCAGCCUCUAUUGGAUAUGGCAGCGGGAAUUCCUCCUCCAGUCGUGACCCCUGUCUUGCCUGGGACAACUGCUACUAUGAGUAACAAUACACCAGGAACGCCUGUGACACCUGCUACACCAGCCAAUGUGGUCCAAAGUUUACCUGAUCCUUGGGUGUCUCAGAUAACUAACACAGAUACUCUUACUGCUGUAGCACAGAUCUUGCAGAGUCCACAAGGCCAACAGCUUCAACAACUAAUACAGACACUGCAAAUGCAACAGCAGAAACCACAGCCAUCAUUACUUCAAGCACUGGAUGCAGGUCUCGUCGUUCAGUUACAAGCCCUCACUGCACAACUUACAGCUGCUGCCGCUGCUGCCAAUACACUUAACCCACUAGAACAGAGUGUCUCUUUUAACAAGAAGCUGAUGGAGAGGUUUAGCGAUUUUGGUGAAGAAGCUGACAUUAAUGAAGAACCUAAAAAAGAAACUCCAACUUCCCAACUGCCUCUUGUAUCUGAAUCUGUGAACAACUCACUUUUUCACCAACUAGCUGAACAGUUACAGCAACAAAACCUAGAACAUCUCCGCCAACAGCUUCUGGAGCAGCAACCUCCAAAGGCAAGUCCUGAGGAGACACAAGAAGGGAAUUUUGGUUCUGAGCAUUCAGCAUCACCUUCACAAGACAGCAGCCACCAACAGUUUUUAGAAGUAGAAACAAAUCUUGACAAUUCAAUGGAUGUUCAACAACAGGACAUGGACAUAGAUGAAGGUCAAGAAGUUGUAGAACAAGAGGUAUUUGAGCAAGAGGAAAAGAAACCUGUAGUUCCUUCAAGAUCAAGAACACGUUCAAGAUCCCGCUCAAGGUCUCCAAGAAAAAGAAGGUCCAGAUCACGAUCUGGCUCUAGAAAGCGUAAACAUAGAAAGCGUUCGCGCUCUAGAUCAAGGGAAAGAAAGAGGAAGUCCUCCAGGUCCUACUCAAGUGAAAGAAGAGCUAGAGAGAGGGAAAAAGAACGACAGAAAAAAGGGUUGCCUCCUAUACGGUCGAAAACACUAAGUGUCUGCAGUACUACACUUUGGGUUGGUCAGGUGGACAAGAAAGCCACCCAGCAAGAUUUAACCAAUUUAUUUGAAGAAUUUGGACAAAUAGAAUCUAUAAACAUGAUCCCUCCCAGGGGCUGUGCGUAUGUCUGUAUGGUUCAUAGACAAGAUGCCUAUCGUGCUCUUCAGAAACUAAGCUCUGGAUCCUACAAGAUUGGAUCUAAAAUUAUUAAGAUUGCAUGGGCUUUAAACAAAGGUGUGAAAACUGAAUACAAACAAUUUUGGGAUGCAGAUGUUGGAGUUUCAUAUAUACCUUGGGAAAAAGUUAAAUUGGAUGACUUAGAUGGCUUUGCAGAAGGAGGCAUGAUUGACCAAGAAACAGUAAAUAGUGAAUGGGAAACUGCAAGAAGCUCAGAGACCACGAAAGAGCCUGUGCAAACAACCCAGACUACAACAGUUGACAAGACCACAGCCGUAACAACCCAAACAGAAACUUACACACAGUCUGUCACUAUGCUACAGAUUCCUGUAGCUCCAUCUGUGCCAGCAGUUAGUUUAGUACCACCAACAUUUCCUGUUACAAUGUCUGUCCCUCCUCCUGGCUAUAGUCCAAUUCCUCCACCUCCCUUCAUGAGAGCAAGCUUCAAUCCUUCACACCCACCUCCUGGUUAUUUGCCUCCCCCAGUUCCACCACCUGUUCCACCGCCGGUAGUUCCAACCCCUCUUGUACAGUCUUCGCUUUCAAUUGCUCAAGAGUCAAUGAAAGAUUAUAGCAACCUUGCUCUACCAGUUGGCACUGUUUCUAGUAGUCUUACUACCCCAACAUUAUCUGCUGGAAGUGUUUUUACUCCUUUGUCAAGUAACAAGUCAGAUUUAGAUGAAAAGGGAUCCCAUCUUGCAGAUCUUCAGAUUUCAUCAAGUGAAAACAGAGCUGUUCCAGAUGAUGUUUCAAGCAGUUCUGGACUUAUUGGGGGAGUGCAACCACCAAGUGUCUCAACCAGUUCGGGGCUUGUAGGGGGAAUACAGCCACCUAGUGUCUCAAGUAGUUCUGGGCUUGUGCAGCCAACCAGUGUGUCAAGCAGCUCUGGACAUUUGACAAGAGUUCAGCCACCUAAUGCUUCAAACAACUCUGGGCUUUUGACGGGUGUCCAGCCUCCAAGUGUCUCAAGCAGCUCUGGACUUCUGGCAGGACUCCAGCCCAUGACUGUCUCAAGCAGCUCCAGCCUUCUAAUGGGACUCCAGCCACCCAUAGUGUCAAGUAACUCUGGACUUUUGUCAGGAGUCCAGCCACCUAUAGUGUCAAGUAGUUCUGGGCUUUUGGCAGCACUCCAACCACCUAUUGUAUCAAGCAACUCUGGGAUUCUGGGAUUGCCACCACCAAUUGUCUCAAGUAGUUCUGGACUAUUAGGAUUACCACCACCAAAUAUUUCAAGUGGCUCUGGACUUUUAGGGUUACAGCCACACACUGGAAUUCAAAAUGUACCCCAUUUAACUAUUGCUAGUCAAAGGUUGCCUGGAAUGCCUCUAGUAGAUAUCCGCUCCGGACUAAUGUCACAGCCACCUGGGCCACGAUUUCCUCUCCUGCAGCCUGGAAUACCACUACAGCAUAGCAUUCCUCCUCCAGCAAUCCUUGACCCAUCCCUUCCUCCACCUAGAGCUUUCCUUUCAGGAGAUUUGUUUACUCAAACAGAGAGACCAUUUGGAACUUCUGGUAGACAAAGUGUUGAUAACAUGUCUAAUCCAGAUAAAAGGUUGGCGCUUGGAGAUGACAGCAUUCAGCAAGAAGGAGAUAGAGACUAUCGCUUUCCUCCAGUGGAAAAUAGGGAGAACAUUAAUCGGACCUCUUCAGUGGAUAUGAGGGAUUCAGUUGGAAGGCCACCACUAGAUCCAAGAGAAAGUCUAGGAAGACCUCCAGUAGAUGGAAGAGAACAUCUUGGCAGGCCACACAUAGAUUUAAGAGAGAACUUUGGAAGACCAGGCAUGGAGGGCCUUGGUAGGAGAGACCAUUUUGCUUUCAAUUCAGAUAAGCACUGGGGACAAAGAGGAGAUUAUGAUGAAAGAGAGCACCAUGCAUUUCCUACAUUUGGUGGUCUUAAAAGCUUCCAGGAAGACCGAGAAAGGUAUCGUCAAACAAACUACAGAUUUGAAAAUCGAAGUGGCCCAACUUGGAACCGGGGACUUGAACAGGACACUCACAGAGACUUUGAUGAUCGCCGAAGACCUUGGGAAAGGCAGAGGGACAGGGAUGACAGAGAUUUUAAUUUUGGCAGAGAAAUUAAUGGAAACAGAUUUGGGAGAGAGAGAAUACAGAACAACUGGAUACCCCCUCCACAUCCAAGAGCGUUUGAAUUUUUUGAAGGUGGCACUUCUCAACAAAAAACUGACAGUGUGCCCCAAGUUAAUGGUGAAAAUGCGGAGACAGAGAGUCAGCCACCUGCAGCGCAAGUACAGGGUGAACCAGAACUUUAUGAAAAGCUGGCAACUUCAAGUGACACAAAAAAAGAGAAGAGUGACACAGAAGCUGAAUUAGAAAGUGAACCAGUGGUAGAAAGCACAGAAACUGAGGGGACAUAAUCAUCACUCAGUAGGUAAAAAGAUACCUUUUGUAAAGUUGUCAUCUCUCUCUGUAAUAGUUGAAUUGCUGACUGGACCUUAGUAGUUCACUUUUGUCUGCCAGAAUUAAGUUAAUCUAAUGUUCAUGUUCAUCUUUCACUUAAAUAGCUGUACAACUGACCUGUAUAGAAAAUUGUUCUUAAUUUGAACAUGGUAGGUAAACUUUCCUUCUUUUCUUUUCUUUUAUUUUUUUCUGACAAAACACAAACUUGCCCCACUUGCUUUUACUUCACAAGGAUAAAUAACAGCUUGUCAAACAAACAAAGACUUCCUAUGGAAGAAAUUGAAAUUUUUAGAUACUGCUAUUAGGUUGGCCAUGGAAAUUGUUAUACUUGAAAACAGGUGCUGGUGUAUCUUGUCCAGGUUUUUAGGCUGCUGCAGAAUUUUAAAGCAUAGGCAGAGCUGUGAUACUGUAUGUUCCUACAGUUUGGCCAAAAGGAAAAAAGGAGCAUAAAUAAUACAGAGAAUGGUGUGUUCUUGAUAUUUCUGCAUUAUAGUCUCUUAUUUCUCAAAAGUACGUGUCUGUGAUUUGUUUCUCGUACUGCAGUGGGUUAAAAAAUUGAAAAAUUAACAUUUUAAUGUUUUUUUUAGAUGCCAAUAAAGCAUUAUUUGUUUGAUAAGCAUUCUAGGUAUUGUAUUUUUUAUAUACAAUCUAUAAAAUCCUGAAUGAACUGUGCUUUAGCUGAUUGUUGCAAAAGGUUUAUAGUACUCUUGUAAGACCAGUGCAACAAUUAAGUAUGCUACAAAAGCAUAUGCCUUUCUACUUAAAAGUAAAUAAAUCAUGGAAUCGCAUUAGUUUGUGUAUAACAUAUGUAUGUAAAUAUUUGUGUAAAACUGUAUGUAGAUACCACUGCUUCUGUGUGUGAUUGUGUAUGUGCACACACUCACAGAAUAAUGUAGACAGUUAAAUAAAACUGAAAUGGAAUUAGGUUAUAAAAUGAAAAAUUGUCUUUCACCUUCUUUAGAUAGCAAGAAGAUGAUAAAAGCUGAUGUGAUAGGUUAAAUCAAAUUAACAUUUGCUCUUCUAAAUUUUGAUUGCUUUAGAAGGUGGAGUCCAAUAUGCUCUGAAGGGAGGGUGUAUAGUAAGAUUUUAUUUGUUUUUGUUUUUUUAAGUGUGGUUAUGUUUGAAGCAAAUAUUGAAGAAAAUGUUUGAAUUGUCCUUUUUUGUAAUAGUUACAGUGUUCUGGAUAGAAAGUGGUAGCAUUAAAAUACUUUGUGAUUA